UCAAUGAGAAGGAUUGGCGCUGGAAUUGGAGUGCAAAGUGCUGUACAGCGCUGUCCUUAGCCACGGUGUCUUUGCUAGUCCUCCUCUAAGCUAUACCUCUCCUACUUAUUACCCGCAGCUCUCCUUAGACGUCCUCGGACGCUCCUUGCGACGGCCAUCACUGACCGUGACGGAGCAUGACUGCCUCUAUAUAUUUCCCCCAGCGAUCCAAUGGUUUCGCUGAAAAUCACAAUUCCAACGGCAGCUUGCCCAUGUAUUCGUCCUCGUCCGCUGUACAGGAAAAAUGGCGCAGGCAUCACCAUACCGCGUCGUGGUUGGUUCCCAUAACGCUACCAAUACCUGGUGUUCGUACUCGUCGACUGCGACUACUGGCACUUAAUCCUAGUCGAGUGCAUCACCUCGUUGUGAAUCAAAUUGGUCGAAGACGAGGGGCACUACUGAUCUUCGUGUUCAUUGCUGCCAUAUAUACCGUCUUUGCUCUGCAUAGCCGUUUCGGUACGGAGGAAAAAACAUGGCCAGCACCAUUACCGUUUGGUGACCCGCCAACGCUUGUCUAUCGAAGAGAAGACUUACAGCGGAUAUGGGAAUGGGAAGUUGCUGCUGGACAUUAUCCCAGUAGUCUGAAAAUUCCCGAACAGCUCGCAUUCUCGAAGCCUCCCACAAAUCCUGCGCUACCUGCAAGGAAGUCAACAUCUCCUCCUGCGCGUUUCCGUGGCCCAAUAGUCACGAACACUCUUGGCAUUGGUUCAAAACGCGUCUAUCUUGAUUUACAGAGUCAACCUCCAAAUGUUGCUUAUCCACCAAGGCCCGUACCAGGCAGUAUCGCUGACAUGGAUGUUGUUAUGGACCACUGUGAUUUCUCUCAGGACAAGUAUGUUCGUGAUUGCCUAGAGGUCUUGCGACUAGGCGCAGGGUUGGACCCUGGUAGGCGGGUUCGAAGAGGCAAGAUGGAUGAAUGGAAGUACAUUUACGUGGAAACCGGUGAAAUGGACAACACUACGAUUACAGACCCCUUCCUAAGGCCAUCGUUCGCACUCAAGACUCAAGGAGAGGUAGAUCCAAGCGAUGAGUUUACCAAGAAGCGUGGUGCGGAGUGGGAACCUCAUCUUCGUCUGCCUCCACCUCCGCAGUAUGUGCCCCAUGUGCAAUCACCGACGGCCUGUGACGAGGAGAACCCGCGCUUGUUCCACAUGUUCUGGACUGGACCUUUCACUGACAAACCGUAUCUUGCGUUACUCUCCUUCCUUUUCACACAGAAUCUGGGACUUCAUCUGGACCACCCGGAUCCCAAUGUCUGCAGGCCGAAGUUCUGGUUAUGGAUCAACCCUGGUCCGGCCGCAUCAUUGCCCAAUUCUAACGCGAUGCGAGACAUGUUCGAUCAGCUCAAGAGCAAUCCAUGGGCAUCUCCAUUCCUGCAUCCAAGGUUCAAGGACGUGAUUCAGUUCAAGUUGUGGAACAUCACCGAACAGUUGGAUAGUAUCCCGGAAGUAAAAGAUGACUGGCGGGCACUGCGUGACAGUCUAUUCAAUUCUGGUGGUUUCGUAGAGAAAGUGCCACAGAAUGACGAAACCACCGAAGUCACAGGACCUACCGGAGUCGAUGAUGAAAAGGAGGACUAUGUUGAUACGCCCAUGACCACGAAAUCUCCCGACGACGAUGAUAAGCUGAACCGGGUCGGCUCAAAGUCACCAGCGUCUUACGAUCGUCUUUCUGUCAUCCUUUCCGACAUGGUUCGUUUCGUGCUUUGCCAUAGGUAUGGGGGUAUUUACCUUGAUGCCGACACCAUCUUCCUUCGCGACUGGUCGGAAUUGUUCGGAUGGAGAGGAGCAUUCGCGUACAGGUGGUCGCGACUGGAGAGAUACAACACAGCAGUAUUACGUAUGAACAAAGGCUCGGCGCUGGGCACGUUCCUGUUCCGUACAGCGUUGAAGAACGGUUUGGACUUCCAUCCUAUGACCAUCUCAAAGUAUACCAAGGAUGCGCACCUGGAACAUCUGUUGCUGCGUCUUCCAGAUGCGCUCUUCGAUGCUGCAUGGCUCAAUACAGAACAGUAUCAAAGGGAUCGACCUCCACAACCUUUCUUCACUGAGUUCGGUCACUUCUUCGAUACACCUCCGGUCUCGAGCGCAGCGCCUCAGGCGCUUGGGUGGGAUGGAUUCUUCAAGGGUGCCUACUCAUACCAUUUCCACAACUUCUGGUGGAAACCGUUCGAUCCUGUUCGCAACUUCCCUGAUCUGGGACUCAGGUUCAUCGAAGGUGAACGUAUCGCUCGUGCAGCACUGGCUGCAGCAUCCGGAACGAACUUAACGGAAGUAGAAGAGCUGGUCGCGAACGACAAACGAGAUCUGGACUGGUCUACUGUACUCAAGCGGACAUGCGAAGCAUACAUCCGGGGUGAACGGCCGAACCUGUACGGAGAGUGGUUGAAGUGGUGAUCGAUGUGUCUUGUCGUCGAUGCUGCUAAUCCACUUCCACACCCUUCCGCGGCACACGACGCGCCCUUUGUACAUAUGUUGUACUUAGCGUUUUCGUGUUGCGCGUACAUGGUGACCAUUAUUACAUCUUUUUUUUGCUCACGAAUACUUCACGUUACUUAGACGUCUUCGCCGGUCGGGAUCAGUGUCAACUUCUUAUUUCUUUGUUUGUUUUUGCUACACGCUAUCUUUUCCUUCUUGUAAUGACCGAGGAAGGUUUGAUCAGUCGUAUCGCAGCCUAAUUCGUCCCCUAGCAUUUGUUUGGGUCACGUUUGGAUUAUCACACACCAUAUAUUCGUAUCGAUACAUCUCAAACUCUCUUCUAAAGAUAACGAUAGCUACCACUCCUGCUGCCCAUGGCUGUAGCACCGUGACAUGAAUCCUUAUGAUACUCAUCAUCAUGUUGUUGCCCCCAUUCCCAUCUUAUACCCACCAUAUCCAAUGAUCAUGAUAC